AAGGUCUGUGCUGCCCCAACAAACAAAGUCCUCACGAUGCAGCCUUGCGACCCAUCCUCUGCGUUCUUUGGUUUCAUGGGCGUCACCUCUGCCCUGGUCUUCGCCAACCUGGGCGCGGCCUACGGCACCGCCAAGAGCGGUGUGGGCAUCGCCUCCAUGGGAGUCAUGCGUCCUGACAUGAUCAUGAAGUCCAUCAUCCCAGUGGUCAUGGCCGGAGUCUUGGGAAUCUACGGCUUGAUCACCGCGGUGAUCAUCAACGGCAAGAUGGAUGCUGCCAACUAUUCCGCCUACUCCGGCUACGCACACCUGGGUGCAGGCCUGACGGUGGGCAUGAGUUCGCUGGCCGCGGGACUGGCCAUUGGCAUCGUGGGCGAUGCUGGGGUGCGCGCCAACGCCCAACAGCCGAGACUCUUUGUUGGUAUGAUUUUGAUUCUGAUUUUCGCAGAGGCGCUGGGUCUCUAUGGCCUCAUCGUGGGCCUUGUGGUGGCCUCCACCGCCGAGGGCAAAGGCAAGGGCUUGUGCACGCCUUAUGCCUGAGGUUGCACUGGAACACUUGAGGGCGGCGCAUCGGUGGCUGGAACUCAGUUUUGACGCCGAGAAGCUUUCGCGGUUUCGAAAAACCCAGCCGAGGCAUGUGGCAAUCUGAGCCACGAAAUGUGCGUCUCACCAGUUGACACAAUUUUGGGGGAAACGACAGCGGGAGCGUUUCCCCGCAUGCUUGGUUCAUCUACAAUGUCC